GGCGACUCCACCUUCUACUCCGCCAGAUUCGGCCGCCUUGCUAGCGGCCUCCUGCACAUCUGGGGAGGAUAUGAAUGUCGCAAGUCCUCGGUAUACUUACGAGGAUUAUGCUGACCACUUGGUUCCACCGAUGGACCAACCGCUCCACGUGCAACAAUCUACUGCAUGCACGGUUUCAUCACCAUCGGCAACCGAUUCGGCAAUUUCGCCGCUAUCUAUCGUCGGGGAUUCAUCGUCAUGGUCAAGACUUGAGAUGCUCGACCCACUGACGUUCACGGACUUCCAGUGGAUGCCCGUUCCCCAGACAGCACGAUUGCCGAAACCGCAUUGCAAUGUGCUCAUGGCACAACUGCGAGAUUACUUGCACAUUGCAGUACCAGCUCCGUUGAUGGACACUGGAGUAGAGGUUGUCGACCUUCACGCUUACAUUGCGAAGAUCGACCGCGAGUUCAAGACGCAACGGAAGUCCCAGCCUACGCAAGUCACUCUGGCAGACGGUCAUACGCACAAGUCCAUCGACCGGUGCAUUGACGCCGUCCGAGUGUACUUUGCCCCUCACGCAAGUGAGGCGAUGUCCUUUGACAUUAUGGACACCAAAGUCGACAUGAUCUUGGGCAUGUCAUGGCUGCGAAGCAAAGAUCACCCGGUGAACUUCUUCAACCGCGCCGUUCACGUUCGUGAUCGGAACGGAGUAAUAGUUUCAUGCACGGUGCCUCUUCUUCACCCUUCAAUCAGCUGCCACGUGGUAUCCGCCGCAAGCAUGCGAGCUUCCAUCAUCAGAGACGACAUCGAGGAGAUGGGGGUGUGUUUUCUCCACACCCUCCCGCCACAUGACGCUUCAUCGACGGACUCACCUUCGGAUCCACGCAUCACCGAACUUCUCGACGCCUACAGCGACGUGUUCGAAGACCCGCACGGAGUAGUACCAGAUCGACCCAUCCGCCACGAGAUCAUCCUCGAGGACGGGGCCGUACCUCCACGCGGUUGCAUCUACCGAAUGAGCGAGGAAGAGUUAAGUGUGCUUCGGGCACAACUCGACGACCUUCUGAAGAAAGGCUGGAUUCGGCCUAGCUCAUCGCCAUAUGGUGCUCCUGUUCUCUUCGUCCGGAAGAAGAACAAGGACAUGCGGUUGUGCAUCGAUUAUCGCAAGCUCAACGCGCAAACGAUCAGGAACGUCGGCCCUCUCCCACGCAUCGACGACCUUCUCGAGCGAUUGGGCGGCGCCCAGUUCUUCUCCAAGCUGGAUCUCAAGUCAAGGUACCACCAACUCGAGAUUCGCAGAGAGGACCGUUACAAGACUGCGUUUAAGACACGCUACACUUCAUCCGGGCAUAUCAGUCUGAUAUGGACUUCGGCACGCUCUAUGCAGAGCUAUCUUCGGAUCACCCGCCGGCCAGCCAUUACCGCAUUGCAGACGGGUACUUGCUCCUCCACUCGAGAGGCAAGGACUUACUAUGUGUCCCACGCGACCGUCGUCUUCGGACUCGCCUCCUUGGCGAGUAUCAUGAUUCACGACUCGCCGGCCAUUUCGGAGUCAACCGCACUAUUGCACGGCUUCGACAGCGAUUCCGGUGGCCCGACCUCAUUACCGAUGUCACUCGGUAUUGCGACUCUUGCGAAUUUGCCGCUCAGCAAGCCCCGCAACCGCAAUCCCUACGGCGAGUUACACCCGAUGCCUAUCCCACGGGAACCCGAUCUCUCCAUUGCCAUGGACGUCACCGGUCCAUUUCCUCGCGACCGGCUCGGGCACGACGGCAUCCUCACGGUUGUGGACCAAUUGAGUAAGUACGCACGUUUUCUCCCUUGCAAGUACUACUCCACGGCUCCCGAGCUGGCACGCCUCCUGCAAACUGGUUGGAUUUGUGGCCACAGUGUACCAGAAGACAUUGUCAGCGACCGCGACACUCGUUUCAUGUCGGCGUUUUGGACUGCUCUCAUGUAGGAGUCCGGCACAACAAUGAAACCAAGUUCGGCUC